AUGGAUGAUGAUGAUGGAGAUGAUGAUGAUGAUGAUGAUGAUGAUGAUGAUGAUGAUGAUGAUGAUGAUGAUGAUGAUGAUGAUGAUGAUGAUGAUGAUGAUGAUGAUGAUGAUGAUGAUGAUGAUGAUGAUGAUGAUGAUGAUGAUGAUGAUGAUGAUGAUGAUGAUGAUGAUGAUGAUGAUGAUGAUGAUGAUGAUGAUGAUGAUGAUGAUGAUGAUGAUGAUGAUGAUGAUGAUGAUGAUGAUGAUGAUGAUGAUGAUGAUGAUGAUGAUGAUGAUGAUGAUGAUGAUGAUGAUGAUGAUGAUGAUGAUGAUGAUGAUGAUGAUGAUGAUGAUGAUGAUGAUGAUGAUGAUGAUGAUGAUGAUGAUGAUGAUGAUGAUGAUGAUGAUGAUGAUGAUGAUGAUGAUGAUGAUGAUGAUGAUGAUGAUAUGAUGAUGAUGAUGAUGAUGAUGAUGAUGAUGAUGAUGAUGAUGAUGAUGAUGAUGAUGAUGAUGAUGAUGAUGAUGAUGAUGAUGAUGAUGAUGAUGAUGAUGAUGAUGAUGAUGAUGAUGAUGAUGAUGAUGAUGAUGAUGAUGAUGAUGAUGAUGAUGAUGAUGAUGAUGAUGAUGAUGAUGAUGAUGAUGAUGAUGAUGAUGAUGAUGAUGAUGAUGAUGAUGAUGAUGAUGAUGAUGAUGAUGAUGAUGAUGAUGAUGAUGAUGAUGAUGAUGAUGAUGAUGAUGAUGAUGAUGAUGAUGAUGAUGAUGAUGAUGAUGAUGAUGAUGAUGAUGAUGAUGAUGAUGAUGAUGAUGAUGAUGAUGAUGAUGAUGAUGAUGAUGAUGAUGAUGAUGAUGAUGAUGAUGAUGAUGAUGAUGAUGAUGAUGAUGAUGAUGAUGAUGAUGAUGAUGAUGAUGAUGAUGAUGAUGAUGAUGAUGAUGAUGAUGAUGAUGAUGAUGAUGAUGAUGAUGAUGAUGAUGAUGAUGAUGAUGAUGAUGAUGAUGAUGAUGAUGAUGAUGAUGAUGAUGAUGAUGAUGAUGAUGAUGAUGAUGAUGAUGAUGAUGAUGAUGAUGAUGAUGAUGAUGAUGAUGAUGAUGAUGAUGAUGAUGAUGAUGAUGAUGAUGAUGAUGAUGAUGAUGAUGAUGAUGAUGAUGAUGAUGAUGAUGAUGAUGAUGAUGAUGAUGAUGAUGAUGAUGAUGAUGAUGAUGAUGAUGAUGAUGAUGAUGAUGAUGAUGAUGAUGAUGAUGAUGAUGAUGAUGAUGAUGAUGAUGAUGAUGAUGAUGAUGAUGAUGAUGAUGAUGAUGAUGAUGAUGAUGAUGAUUGAGGUGGAAUGUAGAACCUGA